AAUAUCACACGUCAAGUGCACAAAACAGGAGGCGGAUACGUGUGUGUGCGUGUGUGUUUGUGCGUGUGUGUGUGUGUGUGCGUGCGUGUGUGUGUGUGUGUGUGUGCUGAUGAAGGUGUUUGAGCAGGACUGAUUCUGGACAGAGAGAGUGAGAGAUGGGGAUUUUAAACAUCACACAUCAGACCCCACUAGUCCAGGCGAUAUUCAGCCGAAAUCUAGAAGAGGUCAAGUUCCUAUUGCACAAAAAAGAAGAUGUUAACACACUGGACCAAGAUCUUCGUUCCCCUCUGCAUGCUGCUGCUUUUUUGGGUGAUGUUCGUAUCAUGGAUCUUCUCAUCAAGUCAGGUGCUCGUGUUAACGCUAAGGACAGAGCGGGUCUGACUCCUCUACAUCGAGCUGCAGCUUCCAGGAACGACAGGGCAGUGGUGUUGCUGCUGAGCCAGAGGUCAGAGGUCGAGCCUAGGAGUCGUCUCGGGGGUCAGACACCGCUUCAUGUGGCCGCCUCGAACCGUUCUCUGAGGUGCGCAGAAACUCUGCUGCCUCUCAUGAGCAGCGUGGACGUCACAGAUCGGAACGGAAGAACGCCUCUGCACCACGCGGCCUACAGCGGAGACACGGAGAUGGUGACGCUGCUCCUGAACAAAGGUGCCGACCCGGGCGCGAGGGAUCAUCAGGAGCGACAGCCUCUGCACUGGGCCGCUUACCUCGGAUAUUUGGAGAUCGUGAAGCUCUUGCUGUCUUGUAGUGCUGACGUGGCGUGCAGAGAUAAACAGGGUUACACUCCUCUCCACGUAGCAGCUCUCAGCGGCCAUGUCGAUGUCCUCAAGCACCUGCUCCGCCGGAACGCUGAGAUGGACGAGACGAAUGCGUUCGGGAACACGUCUCUGCACAUGGCAUGCUAUAACGGUCAGGAGGCCGUGGCUAACGAGCUGGUGAACCGCGGCGCUAACGUUAACCACGCUAACGCCCAGGGCUUUGCGCCGCUUCACCUGGCUGCCGUGUCUACAAACGGAGCGCUGUGUCUCGAGCUGCUCGUCAACAACGGGGCCGACGUCAACAUGCAGACUAAGGAAGGGAAGAGCCCAUUGCACAUGGCCGCCAUUCACGGGCGCUUUACUAGAUCCCAGAUCCUUAUCCAAAAUGGUGGAGAUAUAGACUGUGUGGAUAAAUAUGGCAAUACUCCUCUUCACAUUGCUGCUAAACAUGGACAUGAGCUGCUCAUCAGUACGCUAAUGACUAACGGUGCUGACACGGCCAGACAGGGGAUUCAUGGGAUGUUUCCUCUGCACAUGGCCGUGCUUCACGGUUUUUCAGAUUGCUGUCGAAAGUUACUCUCCUCAGGUCAGCUGUACAGUAUUGUUUCGUCUUUGAGUAAUGAACGCCUGUCAGCGGGGUUUGAUAUAAACAACCCGGACAGUCUGGGGAGGACCUGUUUACACGCCGCUGCCUCAGGAGGGAACGUGGAAUGUUUAAACCUGCUGUUGAGCAGUGGAGCUGAUUUGACCAAGACAGACAUCAUGGGAAGAACUCCUCUACACUACGCAGCAGCUAACGGGACGUACCAGUGCACCGUAGCACUCGUGAGCUCCGGAGCCGAGGUGAACGAGCUCGACCUGAACGGGUGCAGCCCUCUGCACUGCGCUGCUGCCUCACACACCUUCCGCAGACUCGACGCUGAUGAUUAUCAGAGUGAUAUGCAAGAUAAAGAGGCCCUGCUGUGUUUGGAGUACCUGUUGGAUAACGGAGCUGAUCCUGGACUCCGAGACACUAAAGGCUUCAGUCCUGUUCACUAUGCAGCCGCCUACGGCAACAAACACAACCUGGAGCUGCUUUUGGAAAUGUCCUUUAACUGUGUGGGAGACGUGGAGAGCAGUUUUCCUGUGAGCCCUUUGCACUUAGCUGUGUGCAAUGGUCAGUGUGAGGCGGUGCAGCUCCUCUCUGAGACACUGGUGUGUGUGGACGUCCGGGACGGUGCAGGACAAACACCUUUGUAUCUGGCAGCUCAGAAAGGCUCAGUAUCCUGCGUGGAGGUUCUUCUGUCGCACGGAGCCUCGUGCAGCAUCCGAGAACACGCCAGAAAACAGACGCCGCUUCAUGGAGCAGCUGCUCGAGGACACACUGACUGUUUGUAUGCGCUGCUGAGCCGAGCAGACAGAGAUGACCUCAUUGACCUUGCAGACAAACAGGGACAGACAGCGCUGAUGCUGGCUACGCUGGGCGAACAUGUCGACUGCGUCUACAUGCUGCUCGAGAGGGGAAGUAAACCUGACACAGGGGACAGACGCAGUCACACGGCACUACACCGAGCUGCGGUGCUGGGCAGUGUGGAGUGUGCAUCAGCGUUGUUAGAUCACUCGGCGUCCCCACUUUGCCGGGAUGUUCAGGGAUUGAGCUCUCUGCACUUUGCUGCCUCGUGUGGUCACACCGAGCUCCUGCAGCUCCUCCUCAAUGCCGCAGCUCAGUCCGACCCGCUGGACUCACUACUGGACUACAGCAGAUACACACCUGCUCACUGGGCUGCUUACCAUGGACACAAAGACUGUUUGGAAAUUUUACUUGAAUAUAAACCAUUAAGUAUCCAGGAAGGGAACCCCUUCAGUCCCCUGCACUGUGCACUAAUGAAAGGCCACAAUGCUGCUGCUGAGCUGCUGUUAAAAAAGAUGGGCACCGACAUCAUCAACCUCAGAGACACCAAAGGAAGAACUCCACUCCACGCAGCUGCUCAGUCAGAGAACGUGUUGUGUUUGCAGCUGGCUCUGUUCUGGGGGUCAGAGGUCAACUCUGUGGAUUAUGAAGGAUGCUCGGCUCUGAUGGUGGCUGCUGAGAACGGCCAGACGUCUGCUGUGGAAGUCCUUCUCCAGCAGGCCAAAGCAGACCUGUCACUGCUGGACAUGAAUAACAACACAGCACUUCACCUGGCCUGCAGCAAAAGUCAUGAGAUGUGUGCGCUGCUGAUCCUGGCCGAGAUCGACGACCCGUCCCUCAUCAACGCUACAACCAGUGCACUACAGACGCCUCUCCACAUCGCAGCGAGGAACGGCCUGGCCACAGUGGUGGAGGUGCUCCUGAGCCGAGGUGCUACGGUGCUGGCUGUAGAUGAAGAAGGUCGUACCCCGGCACUGGCAUGCGCCCCGAACAAAGACGUAGCCGAGUGUCUGGCGCUGAUCCUCUCCACCAUGAAGCCUUUUCUUUUUAAAGACGCCGACAUCAGCGUGUUGAAGCACUGCAGCAUCGCAGCCAACCAUCAUCCUUUACCCAACGGAUAUGCGAAGGAGCGCCACGGCACCGUAGGGCUCGACAGCUGAGGCACACACACACACACUUUUCUUACACCUCUGUACCAUCUAUAUAACCUACAGCCAUGCUCAAGAGCCAGGAAUGUACCACUGCAUGUGUGCAGAUGGGGGGAGUCGAUUUCAGACUCUGAACAGACCUGUGUAUAUGCAAAGCUCCUUUUCACCUCAGUGUUUCAUUCGAUCUUUUUUUUUUUUUUUUAAUGAUUGGAUGGAAAGAAGACAUUGUGAUACCUUUUAUUUUAUUUUUUUAAGAAUAAGGUCAAAUGAAGGUUGUCUACACUUAUUUAAAAUUUUAAGAAGUCGCAGUUUUCGCGGGACGUAGCGCACGUCAAGCGUCUUUGUUAUCACAUUACGCCUUCAUCUCCAAUAUUUUCUCUGAAUCAAAAUCAAGCUACUGAAGAUUUUAAAAAAGGAAGCAAAUGUUUUUUUUUUUUUUUUUAUACCAUAGCUCCGCCCCUAUUUCCUAUUGGCUCACAAGUCCCAGAUUUACAUAUUUAAGGAUUUACGUUUUCUCAAAGGAUUAUUUAUUUAUUAUUUAUUAUAAAGACGGUGAUAACUGCGACUUCUGAAGAUUAAUGACUGUAUAAUAAUAAUGAUAAUAAUAAUAAUAAUAAUUAUUAUUAUUAUUUUAUUUCCUGAAUAUCUCCCCUGCUUAUGACGAGUGUGUCCUCAGUGUCUGUUACACUCUUAUCUUUGUUACACCUCACUUUAAAUGUUAUUGCAAUGUAAUAUUAAUAUAAUAAUAAUUAUAUUAAUAUUAAUUGAAUGAGAGGAAAACAUCAGCACACACACACACACAAACACACACACACUAACUGUUUCAUUGUUUUCAAUUAGCCUCAUUUUUGUAUUUAUUUACUUGUUAAUGCCAUGGUUUGCACUUUCUUCAUCCAGGAGAUACCUUAAGUAGUGUUUGUGAAGUAAGGCUAGCCUAAAUAUAAUUUUACAGCUCUAAAAAGCUUAAAAAUUAUAUAGAUUUUAUAAUUAUUUAAAAAUUAUGACAUUCAUAAAGUGUGAUUCAUAAUAUAUCCAGUAGGGGGCGAUGAUGAAUUCAUUGUAUAUACAGUAUGUUUGAGAGCGCAAACGGACUGAAAUCGCAUUUUUAGUAUUUUAAUAAUAAUUAUUAAAUAAAAACAUCUUUUUUAUAUUUCAGCAAUCUUAUAAAAGUUAUAAAAGUUUUCUGUUUACGAUUUUCUCAACUGUUUUUCUAUUCUGCUUUUUCAAGCAAAAAUUCGUUCAAUUUGAAUUCAAAAUAAAUUUAAUACAUAUUUAUUUGUAUUACAUAAAAUAAGAUUCAGGGAUUCAUACACUAUAUGGACAAAAGUUUGUGGACACCUGGCAUAUUUUUUUCAUCUCAUUCCACAUUUAGUCUCCAUUUGCUCUUCUGGGAAGAUGUUCCUCUAAGUAAGAUUAAUUCAGCUAUAAAAUGUUAGUAAAGUCAGGUACUGCUGUAGGUAUGAAAGUGAGGAGACCAGGGGGUGUUUACAUUCAUUAUGUUCAAAAGUGCUAUAGCAGGAGAUCUUUAUGGAGCUGGCUUUUGUGCACAGGGGGCAUUGUCAUGCUGGAACAGAUACAGGUCUCCUGGUUUAAGUGUCCAAAUACUUUUGUCCACAUUGUGUAUCAGCACACGACGUGUCUGAUCUACAGCACUAAGUAGCACUAAAUAACGUAACGAGUGAACUAGUCACCUGGGAGACGCUGCUAUAAUUACGCUGCCUUCGUUCCCUUCUUUUUGACGUUUUUGUUAGAUUUCUGUUUGUUUAUCAGCAAUAAUGGUCCGAGCUGUCACGCAUUACCUCGUAUUUCUUACCAUUGGAUGGAAAAAAUGAUUUUUUUAUGCACAGACGAAACGUUUGCACACGAGAGCCCUCGUAAUAAAAUAUAAUCUUCUUUUCAUCGUUAAAGCUUACAUUGAGGAACGUUGAAAAACACUACAGUGAUAAAGUUUCUUUUUAACUCGCAUUUAUUCCCGGGAAUACUAUUAUUUAUAUCCAUCUACGUGCAAUAACACACAUAAUUACAUAAAUACCUCAUAAAGGUAGGCAAGCCAAUGUGUGUGUGUGUGUGUGUGUGAGUUAUUGUGUAGAAAUUUAGCGUGUGUGUAUGUACAUAAACAUUUAUCUUGACAUCAGGAGACUCAGGAAAGCCUUAACAUCGGAGGGGAAAAAAACGGAUCAAAAAUUUCCAUCAAUUUCAAACAAGCAUGAGUAUCGUGUUCAUAUGAGCGUGAUUUUUCUUUUUAUUAGUUUUUAUUAUUAUUAGUCAGCAGGAGUCUUUUUUUUUAUUCGCCUUAAUAUUUUGAAUUUGUUUGUUUUUCUUGACUUUAAAUUCCAGUAUUUUUAAUUGAAUCCUUGACAAUCGGUAUUGAAAGGGCUUUUAAAAAACAUAAACGUGUGUGUGUGUGUGCUUUGGUGUUUUUCCUCUCAUGACAGUGUGACUGAAUGCUUUUACAACGUACUACACUCAUUUAUAUACUCUCAAAGGGCUUCUGAAAAAAAACCUAAAAAACUACGCCAACAUUUUUUCAACCCUUUUCGGCCGUGUUUCAUACACACACUCGUCUCAGAUCAAACUCUGAAGUUUUGCACUAAACAGAUCUUAAAAAGCACAUUUCAGCAAACAUUCGUGCGCAGAUGCGUUGGGAAAAGUCAGGUGUUAAAAUUUUGCCUUGAGGAAUUUAGCUAUGGAAAUAAAAGAGCUUUUCUUUGCUCGCCACAAGGGGGCGCCGUGCGACAGACUGACACCUCACCUGUUCACAGAAUCAGAAUAAACACGUGACCUUUUUUCUUGCAUAUCAACAUUUAAAAAAAAGUAGCAGAUGUUUAAAGAUUUCUUUCUUAAUGUAAAACUACAGAACCCUCUACUGGCCCCGCCCCUUUCUCCACUACAUCAAGCACACACACACACACACACACACACACACACACACACACACACACUAUUCAGCCUUCUAUGCUUUAUUUAGUGUAUUUCCUACACUAGGCUACACACUACUGCACUAUUAUCUAUUCCUUUCUACUCCUUCAGCUCAUUAUUACCUCAACUGCAUAUUCACUAAGGAAAAGAACCAGUGCAUUGUAUCUAAAGCAUCGAGGCUCUGUAGCAUGCUCACGUGGCACAGGAUCACAGGUUUACUCUGCGUUCACGUUAGGAGAGUAGCAAAGUAGCAAUUGUACGACUCUGUACUGUCCAUAUAGCCAAUUGUAAGCCUCAGGACCGCCCCAGAAGAGUUCUCACAAGGCCUGGGACCACCAAUCAGAAGGCUUGGUACCACCCUGAAAGAAGCAACCAUAAGGCUCAGUACCACCACAAGGGGGCAACACCAAUCAUAAUGUCCCCACCCCCAUACCACCCCAUAGGGGGACCACCAAUCAAAUGCUUGGUACCACCAGUCCCCCAGGCGAAAACAGUGUAACAAAUGUAAGGCCCAGUAUAGGAAGUACAGCCAAACACAAUCCUACAGGAAGUAGAACUUUUACAAAACAAUGUGUCUUUAAAAGCGUUCGAGGUCCCAACCAAUCAGGUGGCAGCUGUGAGGAUCUGUUUUUAGCAAUAGGAAAUUAAAAAGCAGCUGUUUGUGAAAGCAGUACAAAUAGUUAAAGCAGCUGGAAAAAAAAACUCUUUGGUUCGUAUUCAGUUAUUUUAUUUCCUCGUAUCUUUAAUAGAGGUGUAGAAGUGGGCGGGGUCGUACCACGGUCAUGUGACUUUGCACUGCCUUUAACGAGUUGCCAAAAAAAGGUGUAGUGAUGAUUAAAACCCAGUACAAGGCUGGGUUUGUGUGGCGGAUAUGUAAACGUCUGGACGUCUCCACUGAGUCACGCCGACUCAAAAACGUCUGAGGCGAAGCGAAAAAGUGCCACAUUUUACCGCCUGUAAUUUGCACUAGCGCAGAAAACGUGACGAGUGACGAGAUGGACAAAAACGUGUCUCCCCACUGAUCGGUUUGGGGUUUGUUUGUUUGUUUGUUUGUUUUUUGCACAGUGGGAUGUGUGAGUCAAGCUCAGGAUUUUCCUGUUUAUUGGUAUUAUCCCUGGUGUAAUAUUGUGAUAUGUGUGUUCUGUGUUCAGUCAUUAGUUACAGAGUAGUUAGAGAUGUUUAUAUCAGCACAACUGACAGACGUCUGCUGGACUCUUAUAAGAUCUGUGUAGUACAGAGAUUCUCAAGGAGGAAAAACAAAAAAGAGGCAAAUUAUAAAAAUGUUUAGCUUUUCAUAGCAAUAGGAAACCCGCUGACGAUUGUUGCUAUGGCAACAUCUCUGCCUCACUAACAAAUUUCUGAUUGGCUCCAUAGAUUACAGAGCAUCAAUAGUUAAAUUAUUAGUGAAUAAUCAGGAUUCCAGGCUCCGUGCAUCGUGUUAUUUAUUUCAGCUGCUACUUAAGUGUUUGAUUCGCAGAAAAAAGUUUACAAAUUGAAAUAUUUCCCAUAAUUAAUAAUCUGAUGACGGUUAAAGGGGAAAAUCCUUCAUCCCCAAGAGGCUCAGUACUGCCCCCCAUCGUAAGGCUCGGUACUGCCCCUUUCUUACACACACACACACACACACACACACACACACACACACACACACACCAGUUCUGAAGCUGAUGAAAAUGAAUAAACUAGUUUGUGCUGAUCGCAGGAACUCGGACAUGCUUGAAAUAAAGCGUGAACUCAAUGAUAUAACAGUUUUUAACCUGCAGACUUUAUUUUUUACACGUCAUGUUUUUUUGUUUUUCUAGCAUGUGAUGAACACCCCGAAUUUUCUUCUGUAGCUUGGAAAUGAUUUAAAUAAAAACCUCCUGCUGCUUGAUCCAUGCAAAGUCUUCAUGGUGUUUACUUUUCACGUCUCAGUCAAUAUGUUGUAGAUUUUUAAAACUAAACACACAAAAAGACGAGUGUUGUUGCAUCACAGCACAUGAGAACCAAUCACAUCCCCUUAUGCAAAUAUAGGCAACCUGUAAAAGGGGCGGGGCAAACUGUUACAAUUUUCAUAUAAUUUUUUUUUACUUAAUAAUAAAAAUAAAAUAAAAAACGAUUAAAACUAAGAAUUAGUUUCAGGAUUUCACACACACACACACACACACACACACACACACACACACACACACACACAAUGUUACAAAUAUAUUUCCUUAUUAUUUUAUUCGGCACGAACAUUUUACGCAAAUAGAAAUCGCGUUUGGAGCCUGAAAACACCGGGAACACAAAAAAGGGGAACACAAUCCAACCAGGCAACCCGACGCCAGAGAACAAAUACUGAAGUGGAAAAAAAUGUCCAAUAAAGAAUUAUACAGGGGAAAAAAAUUAAUAAAUAAA